GGGAAGGAAACACGUGUCGUGUUAGGGUCUUCCUUUUAUAUUCACUUUCUAGGCUGACGGUCUGUACGGUAAAAUAACGUUUAAUAAUGAACGGGUUGUGGGUGUUUGGAUACGGAUCCCUGGUAUGGAAUCCUGGAUUUGCAUAUCGUGAUAGUAAAAUUGGAUAUAUCUGUGGAUAUAGCAGGCGAUUUUGGCAAGGAAAUGACGUUCAUCGAGGCACACCGGAUAGGCCUGGAAGAGUAGCUACAUUAAUAGAAGAUUGUUCGGGUAUAACGUGGGGUCGAGCCUUUCUGCUAGAAAACGAAGAUAGUAACAGUUCGUUAGCCUAUUUAGAAAAUCGCGAAGGUAAAUUGGGAGGAUACAGUGCUACUUUUGUGAAGUUUCAACCACGUGAUCGAAAAGAAGACACGAUUCCAGUUUUGCUAUAUAUUGCUCGCGAUAACAACAGGCUGUAUAUCGGACCAACAUCUCUACCUCAAUUAGCUACAGAGAUAGCUACUUCUAUUGGCAACUGUGGACAUAAUGCCGAAUAUUUAAUGAGAUUGGCUCAUUUUAUGAGAGAAAACGUUCCGGAAUAUUGGGACGAUCAUUUGUUUACAUUGGAAAUGUUAGUUAAAGAUCGAUUAAAGGAAGAAAACAUUCCACUUAAGAGUUUGAUGGGUGAUUGGGACGUAUUCAACGACGAUUAUGCUCCUAGGCAAGAGAGCGUUACGGAACCAUCUACGUCUAGCAGGACCGAUUUCUCUUCGCUAGUUCCAUCCAGGAAGUUACGUUGCCUCAACAUUUGAGUUUGCUAUCUCAAUAUCACGUGAACUGAUUUUGUAAUUUAUUGGUGAAGUUCCUAACAGAAAAUUCUAAAUGUGUUCUUAUUAUACUACGAAUCACGUCUUCCACUUGGUAACGCGUUUUAAACAAUGACUAUGCAUUCCGGCUUUGUCAGCCGGAUAAGGGUACCAUUCAUUCUUGAAUUACCUUUUUUGUAUUACAAUUACAAAUAAAUUUUUUCUUUUUGUAAUUUGAAGAUGUUCUUCGGGUUACUAAUCUUCUCGAAUGACAAUUUUUUUAAAAAAUCUUUAAACGAGAAUUAAUUUUAAUAAUUUUUAAUCACGGAACCUUCUACUUUUCCCCU